AUGACUUUCGCGUUUGGAAAAGAAGUGUGUUAUCCAGCUUACGAAGGCCGAGAAACGCCCAAAGUCUCAUACGGGCUCAAAUUCCAUGAGGCCUGCUUACGUCACUGUCGCGAUACCUUUGCGAGUUCCAGGGUGUAUGUGAUUUGUUCCAAGUCUUUGGCGCAAUCUACAGAUGCGCUUGACAAACUUCGCUCGGCUCUUGAUAGCAGGAUUGUCGGGGUCAGAAUAGGCAUUAAUCCGCAUACUCCAAUUGCACAAGUCCUCGAAGUCGUCAAUGAUGCGUCGAAACUCGACGUCGACUGUCUCGUGACGCUAGGCGCUGGCAGUCUGACAGAUGCUGCCAAGUUGGUCAGGCUCGCCUUGGCUAACUCGGUCACCACUGAAGAGGAGAUGGAUACGUUAUGGGGGACACCGAAAAGCAAUCCUGCACUACGAAGCAACAUAUCCAAACCGACUAUUCCUCUCAUCCACAUCCCGACAUCACUCUCGGGUGGCGAGUUCCAAGCCAUCGCCGGAGGAACGGAGUCCCAAGGGCACGCGAAGAGAACAUUUCACUGCGAAGGUGUCGAUCCAGAGCUCGUCAUCCAAGAUCCAGAACUAUGCCUUACGACCCCAGAGUGGGUUUGGCUCAGUACAGGCAUUCGAGCCGUUGAUCAUUGCGUCGAAACGCUCUGCUCGCUUGUCUCAAACGACAAAGCUGAUGAAUGGUCGAAAAAGGGACUUGUUAAACUUGUCAGUGGUCUGUUGGCAAGCAGGGCAGAUCCAAAGUCUCUACAAGCCCGUCAUCUCUGCCAUCGGGGUGUUGUGUCGUCGAUGUGUGCCGUGUCAAGUGGUGUGCCACUCGGUGCGAGUCAUGCUAUCGGACAUCAACUUGGACCGCUUGGAGUUGGUCACGGCGAAACGAGUUGUAUACUCUUACCUGCCGUGUGCAGAUUCAAUUACAACAAAAAGGCAAAUGUUGAGAGACAGGAAGUUGUGCGGGACUUGUUGUUGGAACAGGAUGAAGUUCGGCAGCUGCUGCAGGCGAAGGGUCCUGAUAAGAGCGCCGUGAGGUUGGCCGAUAUCUUGGACGUAUUUAUUUCUGCCCUUGGUAUGCCUCGUUCACUGGAAGAGGUUGGGAUUGGGGAGGAUAAGCUUGAGGUUCUUGCAAAGAAUAGUCUUGACGACAUCUGGAUUCAGACCAAUGCAUUCCCCAUCACGGAGGCUAGUCAGGUCAUGGAGAUACUCAACAUGUGCGUUAAAAGAUCAUAG